UUAAAUUUAUAUAUCAAAAAAUGUUCAUUCCUAAGUUAAAAAAUUUGAGAAUUAAAAAAUAUAUAUGCUUAAGCGUAAAACAACACUUACAACGUCCCAUACUUGUGAUCUUAAAGGAUAUAGGACUAUUGCUUAGAAAAUAUAUUCAAUUACCAACUAUGCGGAUGCCAUUUACAAAUGAUGUUGACACACUUUAUGAAGUUGUGUUUAUCUUUGUUUAUGGCUCACACCGCAGAGGGAUUUACAUGGGAACAACAUACAAUGGUGGUUUUGUUGCGUAGACAGAUAAUCUGAGUCGCAUUACCAAAUUCCUCUUGCGGUCUGAUUCCUGAUUCUGUCAGACAUAAUCUGCACAAUAAAACCUAUGUUAAAUUGUUUUUGUGGAUGUAUCACAUGAAGGUGUAAAAUGUCGAAGUGGCAAACACUACCGUUUUAAAUACAGAGAAAAUGGCUUGGUUGGAUAGGCAAAGUUUGUUUUUUAUGGAUCUUCUAUUACAGUUUGUGAAUCGAUAUUGAUUUAUUCUAUGAUAUAGUAAAGCUUCUGGAAACUCUAUUAAGGAAUUAAUCAUGGAGGAAAAUAAACAGACAGAAAUGAUAAUCUUAGGCUCCUGUACUGUAAUGAAUACCUAAAUGAGCUACAAAAGUCAUGUAAAUUAAAUAUUACUAUAAAGCAUCAUAGACAUAAAGAGUCUAAUAUACCCAGAGAUACUAAACUUUUAGCUAGCGUUGAGUAAAAGAUUAUAUUGGUAGACAAGUUUGUUUCAUCUGCAUUCAUAUGCAUAUAUUGCAUCAUGUUCUCCAACCCGAGUGCGACCUAAUGUUUGUUCAGUGUUAACUGACAAUGCCAAUAUUGCAAAUAUAUGAAGCUGCUACACUAAUGAUGCAACUCUAUGGUCUUUUAAAUCAAAUUGACAGGAGCAAUAUUCUCAACGAUGUCAAUCGUACAUUUUUAUGAUUUUGUUUUGUGUGUUGGACCAAGAACAGGCGACUCCGACUUGUAACCGGUCGGGAGCUCUCAGCUGAAGUGAGGAUGCAAACUGCAUAGUGCCACUCUCACUGGUCCGACUGAAGUUCAUAGGCCCCGUCGCACUGACACAACUCUCUCCGUCACCCUUCCACCUCCUCCAUCUGCCCCUUCCCUCAUUCUCAUCCCACUAUCUGCCCCCCGUCCUUCUCUCCAUCCCUUAUCCAGAUGCAAAGAGCAGUCAGUAAUCGGAUGAGAGCAGAUUUGAUUCAAAAGGCUUCCCUUAAAAUCUCAGCCAGUAGGAUUUAAAACUCACUCUCCUGCCUCACCCUUUACCCCUCCCCUUCCCUUCCCUUCCCUCCCUCCCUUUGCCUCCACUCUGGCUGUGUUAAUGCGCUUCACUAUCCUGCAACCCCUAGCAGUCAUUUUAAUCACACAGAACAAUGGCAGGGUCCGAGGAACAGAAUGGCAAAAGGGUAAUAGCACAACUAAAACUCUCAAGCAUUCAUUACAACCCUCAUUAUCGAAGCAAUUUCCCAUCUGGGACUAAGGCCUCAAAAUCCCCUGUUCCCAACUUAAGGCACAAUGUAGUUGUCAGCAGCUUAAGGAAGGACGCCCAUACAGUAGCUGCUGAGGUGUUCUGGGAGCAUUGCACCACUAUAGAGGCCAUAAAUCAGCACUCUAAUUUCAUUUUCAACACGUCUCAUGCCAUCUUCCACUCGCCUUUGGCAUCACAGUGACAAACAUUUAAAGCAAUUCUUUCUUUUAAAGAGUCACUCCCACCUUCACUCCCUUCCUCUCCUUUUCACUUCAAACAAAUUAGAGGCAAAUCCACUUGGUCAUGUGUUUUGACAGGACACUCAUUCAAAUAGUGAAAGAGAGAGAGAGAGAUUGCUGCAGGGACGCAAACGAUAAGAUCAACACAGGUAUCCCCUCCUAUCAGUUUUUCAAGGUUUAUCUGCUUUCCUGACAUCUCCCGCUGUCUCCAUUAGUGACCGUACCUAACAACCAUCGCCAUGGGUGAAAUGGAGCAAUUGCGAAAGGAGGCGGACAGUCUCAAAGAUCAGAUCACUGCAGCUCGUAAGGCAGUGCAGGACACCACACUGCAGGAGGCCGCGGGUGGGGUCACCGUGGUGGGCCGUGUCCAGAUGAAGACUAGGAAAACGCUGAGGGGUCACCUUGCCAAGAUCUACGCGAUGCAUUGGUCCACUGGCACACAACUGUGUGUCAGUGCCUCACAAGAUGGAAAGCUCAUCGUGUGGGACAGCAUCACAACCAACAAGGUGAAUGCCAUCCCUCUCAAGUCGUCGUGGGUGAUGACUUGUGCCUAUGCGCCUUCGGGAAACCUAGUGGCUUGCGGCGGUCUGGACAACAUGUGCUCCAUCUACAAUCUCAAGGGCAAGGACGGGAACGUCAAGGUCAUGCGCGAGCUGGCUGCGCACACAGGUUACCUGUCUUGCUGUCGUUUCAUUAGUGAUAGUGAGAUCAUCACCAGCUCUGGCGACUGCACUUGCGUACUAUGGGACAUUGAGACAGGAACCCAAAAGACUGUCUUCGCGGGACACCAGGGAGACUGCAUGUCCCUGGCAGUGUCCCCAGACUUCAAUUUUUUCAUCUCAGGGGCGUGUGACUUCACAGCCAAGCUGUGGGACAUCAGGGAGGGGGCAUGCAGGCAGACCUUCGGAGGCCAUGAGAGUGACAUCAACGCAAUUGGGUUCUUCCCCAAUGGCAACGCAGUAAUAACCGGGUCCGACGAUGCUACUUGUAAGUUGUACGAUCUGCGAGCAGACCAGGAGCUCAUCACCUACCAGGACUCAGGCAUCAUGUGUGGGGUGACCUCCCUGGCACCUUCCCUGUCCGGGCGCCUGAUACUGGCUGGCUAUGACGACUUCAACGUCAACAUAUGGGACUCGCUUAAAGCUGAGAGAGUGGGAGUGCUGGCUGGUCACGACAACAGAGUGAGCUGUAUCGGAGUAUCCACAGAUGGUAUGGCGUGUUGCACGGGGUCCUGGGACAGCUUCCUCAAGAUAUGGAACUGAGGCUGUUCCUCACCAGUGAGCAGGAAGAGAGGGCCGUUCACAUCUCCCUGGGAGAAAUUGAAGAAGAUAAAAAGAAAUUGGAGUUUGAGGGAGGGAUGUUGGAGCCGCAUAGGGUGAGAAGAGGGUAUUUCAAUUGUGCCAAGUCCUAUCUAAUGUUGGAGAGGGGGUUGUGAUGUGAAAGUUUUCUCCUCUCGCUCUGUCACAUUGCGCUCUCACAUUUCUUCUCGCGUUAUGGGUGAAAAUUUUGGGUGGGACAUUUGCGGCGGGGUUUUCAGAAAAGACUAUUCCUCUUAAUAGUGAAUUAUAUUGUAGUUCAACUUCAUGACAUAUGCACAUCUAUUGCAGCAAUUCAGAAAUCACCCAAUGAGACCAGUUGCCAAAUGGAAAUGGUAGCACACUGAAUGAGAUAGAACUGAGUGUGUCCAGUUACGGCUUGUGUAGGUUUCACACUUGCUCUAUAACAAAGCUACAUCAAAGCAUAAGUUAUGUCAUAGGAAUAACCCAAGCAUUUGAACCGUUGUUUCAAACUGUUGGUUGUUCUUAUUUUUGGUAGAUUCCUUAGAUGCUUACAUUUAAUUUCUUUUCACUUUCUAAUUUUAAUUAAAAAAUAAUUGAGUUAUAGUUUGCAGAUGUCUACUUUAGUGUUUGAGUUGUUUUGUAUGUGAUUUAUGGAUAAUAUUUUCCAGGAUUUGGGGUCUCCUCACUCGGAGUAACCACCAGGUUAGACCUGAAAAGUGCUUUGGUAAACUGUUGAACUGACAGAUGGGAUGAUGAAAUGGUUUUUAUGGUUCAUUAAGCACAAACAAAAAAAAGAUGACCCAUUUGUCUCAGGAUAAGACUCUGUGUAUGUGUUGUCUUCAUUGAGGAUAACUGCUGUUGUGUGCUUAUGAGUAAUACAUCUGAAUUUGUAUAUAAAAACUCACCAUUUCCUUUGCAUGACAACUGGCAAUCUUUUAGACAAGUUUGUGUAAAUACAGGAAAUAAUUCUGUCUACAAAUGGACCUCUCUUCCAACACUUGGAUAUACACUGUGCUGAGCAAAGCAUUAACUUCUAGACUUAAAUAAACUUGGGUUUCUGCUUUA